AUGGAUGCACUUUUCAAUUAUUUGACAGUGAGUGGAUAUCCUCAAUCCUAUCACGACAAGUGGCCACCAACGUGUCAGAUUCUUGGAAAAGAUAUAUUGAAGUUCCACGCCGUUUUUUGGCCAGCAUUUCUGAUGGCUGCUGAGUUACCGUUGCCGAAACGUCUAUUUGUUCACGCGCAUUGGCUUGUUGACGGUGUUAAAGUUUGUUUUGUUUUGGGUUAA